AUGAAUUUACGAAAGAAAAAGUGUUUAGAAAAUAUAUCUCCUCUGGCAGUUGCAUUUGUGACAAUUUUAAGUACUACUGAUAUUGCCCAAUGUUUUGUCAAAGACAAUAUAACUCCUACAUUAAAAUAUGCGUUUGCUGUAACAUUAGAACCAUCUCAUGAUCCAACCGACUACUAUGGAGGCCCAAAAGUUUUUGGCUCUAGAGACAACAUUAAUCAAGAAGGAAUUUAUGAUAUGCUCACAUGCGAUCUCUUUGCACAACCAUAUCUAGAAAAAUUCGGAUUGAAAAAAUUCACAAGAAAUAAUUUCUGGGUUUUUACCAACUUCGAGAUUCAUAAUUUACAAGGUGCAAAAUAUUUCCAAAAAUGCUUAUUGAAUAAGACGCAAGAAGUUGAAAAUAAGAAAUUUAAAAAUAUAGAAGAACUUGAAAAAUUCUAUUAUGGCCUCACACUUGAGUUUGAGAGAUUUUACGAUAAACGCGAUUGUCCAGUAUAUUAUGAAGCUUUACAUGAUAUGAGACAUUAUUUAGAUCGAGUCUUCUGUAAAGAAUUUGCUGGAAUUGACAAGUGUAUUGCAAGAAAAUAUCAAAUUAAACGACAUGACUAUAGAAAACUGUGGCUUUUAUCGUUGGCUAUGAGGAAUUUGGAAAGAGAUCUAAGCGAGGAUGACGAUACCUCGGACUGGGAUAUCAUGAAUAUGUUUUUGGCACCAGUAGUCCGACAAAGACACGAAAACAAAUUACGAGGUCUUUCAGAAUCAAAUUUGUUUUCUCUUAGUGAAAUGGGGCAACAGUUCGCUUACCAAACAUCUUUAAGUAAACGAAUACGUAGAACCACUGGAGGUCGUCUUUUGAAGUACAUAAUGGAAACUUUAGAACGCGUUAAGAAAGGCCAAAGACGCAGUAUAAAUCCUAAGAAAAACAAUCUAAAAAUGUCAGUAUUUGUAGCACCGACACAAGUAUUUAUCGGCUUACUUUCAGCUUUGAAACCUAAAGGUACUUUAAUUGAUGGAAACACAUUCAAUGUUACCAAUUUCUUUCCUGAUGUAGGCGCAACGAUUGUAUUUGAAUUACAUAAAUUGCGAAGAAAUAAUUGGAGAGUUAAGGUUCUUUAUAAUCAGCACACCUAUGGCGAUUUUCAACUUUUAACUUAUCGUGGAUGCAAUAAAUUUAAAUAUUAUCCUGGAUAUUCUUGCAAUUGGAAUACUAUUAAACGUAUUAUGGAAGAUAACUAUAUGCAUAAAGGAAAACCUGUCGAUUUUUGCAGAUCUCGAAGGCACCACCAUAAACAUGUUGAAAUUGUACCUAAAGCCCACACUAUCCACGGAAAGUGA